UGCGCCCUAGAAUGACAUCCUACCCACAGAAGGAAGCGCGGACGAGCGGUGUCUUCUAAAAUGCGCUCUUCCGCGCUAGACUUCAGCAGAAGCGUUCCCCGUGCGGGGAAACCACAUGGGACCCGGGCGCGUUUCCGGUGUCGGCGGCAGCAGCCGGAGUUGAAGCCCAAGCAGCUGGGUGAGAGGGGUUCGGCGCCUUGAGAAGAAAGGAAGAAGAAUGGGAUCAGGGGUGAAGAGGGCGGUUAAAGUUCCCUCUGAGAGGAGCAUGGCCAACACCGAACGCACAUUCAUUGCUGUCAAGCCUGAUGGGGUUCAACGGGGCCUCGUGGGAGAGAUCAUUAAGCGCUUUGAGCAGAAGGGAUUCCAACUUGUUGCUCUGAAAUUGUUGCAGGCUUCUGAAGACCUUCUCAAGGAACACUACAUCGACCUGAAGGACCGUCCAUUCUUUGCCGGCCUGGUGAAGUACAUGCACUCAGGGCCAGUGGUUGCCAUGGUCUGGGAGGGGCUGAAUGUGGUGAAGACGGGCCGAGUAAUGCUCGGGGAGACCAACCCUGCCGACUCCAAGCCUGGGACCAUCCGCGGGGACUUUUGCAUCCAAGUUGGCAGGAACAUCAUUCAUGGCAGCGAUUCAGUGGAGAGUGCAGAGAAGGAGAUUGGCUUAUGGUUUCACCCUGAGGAACUGGUACAUUACAAGAGCUGUGCUCGGGACUGGAUCUACGAGUGACGCCAAAGGCAGACCAUGGAGCUUUUCCCACCUCACUUGCCCUCCCUCCCACAGCUGGGGACCAGACUAUAGCACAUCUGGUUACUUCCAGGAACUUCUUAAAAUCUGGAGGGAAGCUCUUUUUGAGCUCUGAGUGUUCCCUGAACAGUGUUAUGUGCUGCUAUCACAUUAAAUUGUUUCAUUCCAAAGUA